AUGGUCUCCAUCGGAAGUCGCUCGCCCGUGUACGGCCGCCACGGAAUGGUGUCGUGUUCCCAACCGCUAGCGUCGGAAAUCGGGCUGCGGCUGUUGAAACAAAAGGGCAAUGCCGUCGACGCCGCUAUUGCCAUUGCAGCUGCACUGACCGUCACGGAGCCGAGUUCCACUGGCAUCGGAGGGGACUGUUUCCUGCUCUUCUUUCACGCGCCGGCCAACCGCGUGCACGGUCUCAAUGGCAGCGGUCGCAGCCCCGCAGCACUCACUGCUGAACAGGUCAUUGCCGAUGUAGGACCGCACGUCAAAGCCAUUCCCAGCAGUCACGGCCACGCUGUCACGGUCCCCGGGGCAGUUGCAGGUUGGGUCGAUGCCCUUGCAGCGUGGGGGACACUGCGUCUGAAAGACGUGUUAUCCCCAGCCAUUGAACUCGCCCGUCAGGGGUUCCCCGUGAGUCCGUUGACGGCAGUAAGCUGGCAACAGAGCAAAGAUCGAUUGCUCCAAGGAGGUCCCUAUGCAACCGAAUUGCUCAAUGCCUGCAACGACGCACCAAAGGCGGGUGAGGUGUUUGUCAAUGAACCCCUCGCCACGUGUUUGACCGAAGUCGCCGAGCACGGGAAGAAGGCCGUGUACCAUAACGGACGGAUCGCUCGAGUGAUCGUCGACAGUGUUCAGGCGAGAGGACGAGUCCUGACGAUCGCUGAUCCCGAGCGCCACACGUCAACGUUCGUGACGCCACUUGCCACGCGGUUCCACGACGUACAUGUGCACGAGGCCCCGCCGAACGGACAGGGCAUUGCGGCGCUGCUUGCGCUCAACAUUCUCCCGCAGCUGAUGAAAGCAGACAGCAAUACGCUGUUGAUGCUGCCACCUUUGGGUAGCGCCGAAGAAGUGCACUUGCAGAUUGAAGCGCUUCGCUUUGCGUUUGCCGAUGCCAAGUGGUACGUAAGCGACGUCGAGCACAAUGCGUUGCUGCCGGUGGAGGCGUUGCUGAGUGCCGCGUAUGCGCAAGAACGGGCAGCGCUCAUCGACCGCUCGAAAGCUGCGGUGAACGUAACGCACGGGCGUCCCGCAGGCAGCUGCGACACUGUUAGUUUCCAAGUCGUGGACGGACAGGGCAAUGCCGUGUCAAUGGUCAAUAGCAACUACGACGCCUUUGGCGCGGGGCUUGUGCCCGAGCACUGUGGCGUUGCCCUACAGAAGCGAGGAUGCAGCUUUGAGCUCUAUGGGGGAAAGGUGGGGCACCCGGAUGCCUUGGCCCCGAAGAAACGGCCGUAUCAGACCAUCAUGCCCGGACUCCCGACGUUUGGCGAGACCGGUGCACUACUCUCGAGUUUCUCGGUCAUGGGCGGCUUCAUGCAGCCUCAAGGACACGUUCAGGUGCUGACGGGCCUUCGAUCGCCAAUGUCGAUCACAAGUCACAUUCGACUGGGCCACGGCGAAGACCCACAUUGGACAAGCGAAGAGAAGAAAUCGAGCGACGCUCUCAUGCUCGCGCAACAACAAGAAACAGAGGCCGAUGUCCGCAAGGAAGACCAGCUCCGCAUCAACGAGUUUGGACGCAAUAACGCACAGCUGCACGACGUGCGGGACCAGAAAAAGGCUCUCCAAGAGACGCUCAAUACGCUCGAUGACGCCAGUGCCGACGUCAUGAUGGGCGAGGGCGACGCCGUCCAUCUUUUGAUUGGCGAGAGCUUCGUCGAAACGUCAGAAGAUGCGGCACAAGAGUACAUUGAGAAGCGCGUCGAGGAAGCAAAAGCAGAACUCGAGAAGCUGGAAGCCGUCGAGUCCAAACUGGAAGCUCGACAGACUGAGCUAAAGAAGUUGCUGUACAGCCGCUUUGGUCAGAGCAUCAACUUGGAAGAUAGCUAG